UAUAUACACCUGGUGUCUAAUAUUGAAGCCACCUUAUAAACGAAAUUGAAUUCACCUUUUAUUCCAAUAAAGUGGCAAUACCAGAUACUAUGUGCCAAGUUUUAAUUUCAUCACCAUUUAGUGCUUACAUUUUUGUUAAUGAAAUAUGAAAAGAAUAAAAAUUAUUAACAAAAUAUCUUUAUGAAAAUGUGAAGAAUGCAGUGCAUUUAGUGUUUUGGUUGUGUAAUACGGUAAUUCGGUGUAUUCCCAAAUGAGUAGUGAUGAAAAAUACCACUAUUACGGGAUUGUUUUUGUUAAUAACUUGUGAAUGGUUCAAACCAAUUGCACUCCGUUUUUGGAAUAUUUUUUCAUAUCGACUAUUUUUGAUCAAUUUUGGGCGUCCUACCGCAAGCUAGAUAAUUACCAAAAAAAGAAAUGAGAAAGUGUGUAUUGUGCUCAAAGAAAGUGGAGCGGGGUAAAGGACCCUUUUUUGGCGUUCCUAGAGAGGAAUCAGUACGUCAGAUGUGGAGCAAAGCCUGUCGGAUGCAGCUUGAAUCUAAGGAUCUGAUUUGUGUGGAUCAUUUUUCCCGGGCGGAUAUUGCUUUUGCGGGUAAAAUAUACAGAUUGUUACCAAAAGCCAUUCCGAACUGGCCAUUGCUUUGCGCAACUAGAACCAACUGUAAGCAAACGAUCCCAGUGGAAGACGAUAUAGAAAUAUCUAAGUUGCAAGACAGUGAAAUGUGCACAACUGAUCCAUCAAUCAAGAAAUGGCAACGUUGGUGUCGUCUCUGCGCGAAACAUGAUGGUUACUACUUUGAUAUGUUCCUGGAGCAGUCAUUGAGUUCGGAUAUAAAUCUUCGUUCCAUUAUAGAAGACUUCUUUCAUAUUAAAAUUGGACCGAGAGAUGGGCUGCCCACUUUAUUGUGUACCGAAUGUUGUUCUGCAAUUGCAUCUUUGGAAAAAUACGCACAGCACAUAAAGAAAGUUCAAAAAAUGUACAAAGAUUUAAAAAAUACAGCGGAGUUAGCCGAUAUAAACCUCAAAGAUUUAUAUCAAAAAUACGGUUUAUUCGAGUGCGAGUCAAAUCUGCCCCAAUCAACAACGUCUGCAAUUGAACAAAUAUUUGUUUCUGAUGUCUCAAAUUCAGAUGUUAAAGCUGAAGAAAUUGAAAUCGAUGUGGAUUUUUCCGAUCCUUUCGCAAAUGACAACGAGAAUAUGGAGGAAUGCAGUCAGAUGAGUGUAGAAAGUGAAGCGAGUGACAGUAAAACUGACUCUGAGUUUGGCUCUGACGAAUUUGCACAACAAAUAGAAGAAUAUAUUGAAGAGGUCGGCGAAGGCAAGGAUGAAGGCAGUUAUUCCUGCAGUAUCUGCCAGCUGAGUUUCAUGCAAAGUAGAAAGUAUAUGUAUCACAUGAAAAGUAGGCACGGCCCAAAAGCUCCCAUCUGGAAUUGCUCGUACUGUAGUAGUUCUUUCACAUAUAAAAGGGAGCUGGAACGUCAUACAAAACAAAUUCACGAACCGAGUGUUUAUCCGUGUCCACAUUGUGAACGAAAAUUUACCAGAGCCAAAUUCGUCGAAAAUCACAUCAAUGAAGCACAUUCAUUAAUUUGUGAAGAAUGUGGUGAAUGCGUGCCUUCUAAACAGAAACUUGCCGAACAUAUGGCCAUACACACGGGCCGAUUACCCUAUGAAUGCGAAGUGUGUGGCAGGCAAUAUCCGCGAAAAGUAUAUUUAAAGAGGCACAUGGAAGUUCAUGGAGAUAAACAUAUUUGUGCAGAAUGUUCUUUAGAGUUCAAAACCUCCCAAGCCCUUAGACGUCACAGUAAAGUGCAUUCCGAUAAAAAGCCACACGUAUGCAACUAUUGCGGGGACCAAUUUAAGCGGUCCAAAAAUCUGAAGAAUCAUCUAAUUACACAUACUGGCCUCAAACCAUAUUCGUGUGACUUUUGUGAAAGCACAUUUUCAAGUGGAUCAAGUUGUCGUUUUCACAAAAGGCGUUACCAUCCAAAGGAACUGGCUGAACAAGAAAAAGCGGGCGUAAAGCCGUAUACGAAAAAUGUACCUACGUUGAAUGUGCUAAGAGCAAUGAUUCAGGCUGCUGGAAAAGUUCAAAAAGACGAUGCAAGUAUAGGCAAUAAGAGAAAAAGGCUUCCAAAACUAGAUGCUGAGUUAGUUGUCUAAAUACCGUAGAAACUUUAAAUUUCAUUAUAAGAAUAUAUAUCGCAUAAAAAAGUUCAUAAUCUACUA